CUGAUGUAAAUAUUUGAUUAAAAUUUUUUUAAACCGAUUACUUAGCCUUUUUAUUCUUAAUCUGAAGUCCUCUUUGCUGUGAUGACAGCAGUAAUAAGCACCUCAUUUGUUUUUGGUGCGAUUAUUUAAAUUGAUCAAUGCCUGUAUGGUGGAGCUUUUUCAAUAGAAUUUAAAUUCAGAAUAAAUGUCUGUUGGUUUUUGUCAAACUCAACAGGGAAUUGGGCAACAAACAAUUUGUGUUGAUUCAAAUAAACAAGCUUGUGUAUAAGUUUUUAGCAGGUGUGGGAUGUUUCAAGGAGUUAUUCACUAGAGAGGACUGUCUUCUAACAGCAAUUUGUGAUACCAUCAGUGUGUUAUCUCAGAGUUCACCAGAGAAAGACAGAGAGCCCAGAAAAGUAAGAGCAGAGUGUAGAGGAGAUUUCAGGGCGCGGGUGUGAAGUCACAUGACCCAAAGCUACUAAUCCCCUGGCCUGCCACAUUCAGCUCAUUGAAACUGCACAGUGCAGCAGAAUGCUCCUCAGCUUCCUGACCAUCCAUUUCAUGGCAAUGGGAGUGGAGGCCGAAGUCUUUGCCACCCUGGCGCCCCCAUUCCACCUCUCCAGGGAGAGGGGUAGCAGGACCAUCCUAGUGUGCCUGGUCAGUGACCCUGUGCGUGGCGACAUGGUGAUCACCUGGCUCUCCACAAAGGGAGAAGGGUCCAGUCCCAUCACCCACAGCGUGGCCGAGGAAGAGGAUGGCACACACAGCGCUCUGUCAGUCAUAUCGGUGCCGACCGACGCAUGGGACUCGUACACCUGCUUCAUCACUCACAGUAACCCAGCGAUGGUUAUCCAGCGACGCUACAUCGACUUCGUGGAUGAAGAACUUGCUGGCAGCUGUUAUGAAGAUGGAUCUAAUGGUAUCCAGAUGCAAUCUGACAUUGUAUUCAUCUUGGCUCUCAGAAUUCUGAUUUUUAAAAUAACAAUGUUCAAUCUUCUGAUGACCACAAGUGCUGUUAUAAAAUGAUGGUCAUAUUGCUCUUGGAAAAACAGUGGUCUUCAAAAAUUACUCUCAAGGAAGAUGUGAAGGAAUGUCGAUCCUUCUUCAUUAUGUCAGAAGUGACGGGACUUGGAGACGAAGGAGAACAGGUCUUUAGCUUCACCUCAAAAGGAUGUUCCUAAUAUGACAUCCAGGAAGCUUCGCUUUUCAAUACCAAGGCCUUAAUGUUGAAGGAAAAUAUUUUCGUCAAAAUGAUGGAAACUGUAUUGAACACAUAAUGGCCGUGAACACGAUGCUUGAUCUGAACAGCAGAAGAGUAGUGUUAAUAACAGGCCUGAUCGACAGUGCUCAGUUUUUGACAGUCAGAGUCUGUCAGCAGAGAUCUGCUUUUCAGGGUUUCUGCUUCACUUGACUUCACUCAUUUCGCCAAACUCUGUCUCUCAAGUUCACACCGCAUCAUUAUAAGCCUUAAUGUAGGCGAAAAGUGCAUGUGGUAUUAGCUGAUUUCAGCUUCUAUAGUGUUACUUUCCAUAAAAUAGUCAGUGUAAACUCAUUGUGCGUUGAUGGUUACCUUGGCCUUAUCACACUUCCUGCUCCACCAUAUCCAUAAAUCCCAAUCAUAGGCCAUUAUUCUGAACAUUAGAAAACCGAGAUGUCUUUAGAUGUUGCCGGAAGGCAUUAAAAUGUUCCAUCACCAUGGGUUUGUGCGCUUCCAAAUGUGUUCCUGUUGAUUGCAAAGAAGGUUCUGCUACAUUAAGUUUCCCCCCGGAUCCUCCGCUUGGGCUGACCCGCAGGCUUACCACCACCAGAAAUACAACUGGGCUUACUCAUAAUCCCACCCCACUGCACUGGGGGGGGGGGGGGGGACAUUAUUUAGAGGUCAUCAUUGCAACACGCUGCAAGAUUGAAAAUGUUUUUCAAAUGAAAUAUUUGCCAGCUUCUGUUGCUUCCAGUUACAAGCAUCAUUGUUCUUAUCCCAGAUUUUACAUGGAUAAGUAACUACGGUGAUGGAAUGUACUUUCAGGAUAAUGCCAUACUGUACAUUUCCAAAUGUAGAUUGUAAUUGGUAUGCAUUCACAUUGGACAUUGUGAAUGAGAAAUUCCUUUGCAUUAUGACUUGUACCAGAGCCUAAGAGUUUCUUCAAGCAUUUUUUGAAGCAAGAUGAUUGUUUAACAAUGUAUAUUCUGCUGGUUUUACACACUUUUAUGUACACUAUUUUUUAAAACCUUUUUUAACAAGUUUUUUCUGUGUUUUCUCUUUCAUUGUCACUGAAUUAACGUGUUCCA